UCCACGCUUUCCCACCCCAGAAGCAGCAAUGCCAACUUGGGGUGGGAGAAAUCUCGAGGCCGAGACCAAUUACUAACAUGAUUCCUUUUGCUAGGAUGGGUACCGUUCCUGGGAUACCACCAUGUGUUGAUGAUUCUGAUAGCAGUGUCUAUCAUACUAUUAUCGCUCCUGCUAGCAGGAUGCUCCUCCUCCUCCCCGUUAAUCCCCGACAUCUUCCUCCUCUCACUCUACUACAAGCACUACACGGCGGUGCCCGACACAGCGCAGGUGGAUUAUAACGUAAACACCGCCAUGUCCAACAUUGUCGGCGGCGCCCACCUGCAGGCCCGCGUGGGCUAUUUUGGCAUCUGCGUGAACCCGGACGGCGGGUCGUGGCUGUGCAGCAACAACGCCACGGCGCUGGCAAAGGAGGUGUCGGUCGACCAGGACCCGCUCAACCUCAUCUGGCUGGCGAGCCAGUUCAAGGACAUGAUUGUGUUCCCCUACUUGAUCAUCAUCGCCAUCAUCUUCGCCUUCAUCUGCUUCCUCCUCCUCGCCACCUUCCCCGGCUGGCACGAGGAGGAGGACUCGGAGGGCUCGGAGCGCGAGGUGAAGCCCUUCCCCAGCCGGCCCGUCAGCCAGGUGUCGCUGGCCAUCAUCUUCAUCGCGUCCAUCUUCGUGCUGGUGUCGGUCCUCUGGCAGCACACGGCCUCGGUGGCCGCCAGCGUCAUCGCCCAGGACUUUGCCAACGGCAGCGUGCGCAGCGGCGUGGGCACCAGCGCCAUGGUCAUGGGCUGGUUCAGCUUCACCCUGCUCAUCGUCGUCACCAUCGGCCUGCUCGUCAUGAUCCUCAGCAUCAGGGUGCUGGCGCAGAUCAUGGACUGAGCGGGGGCAAGCAUGUCCUAUUGUCUCCUGGCCCCUGUUGAGCAAGCCGGAAAGGAGCACGGGGAACAUCCAUGGACGAGGAAAGCAGGGUCGGGCUGUAUGUGUGUGUGUGUGUUUGUUUUGGUUCUUCCCCUUUUCCCACCACAGGGAACACGUUCGCGACGGACUAUACGGGACUGGGGCAUCUGGGGCGGUCUUUUCCUUUUUUUUUUGCUCCUGGGU